AUGGCGUUACUGAACAUAGAGAUUAGAGAUGCCUUCUUUCAUCGCAAUUUUUUAUGGAGAAAAAUGGGAUAUCUCAUACGAGACAUAAAGUCUACCAACAUUCCCGAUGAGACCAGAGUCGAUUUCUUUUAUCGAUCUAAUCUCGUUGCUCGCAAAAUCUCGUCUUCUCUAGAACGUCAAUAUAAGAAAAAAUUCAACCAUCUUACUCGUGUGCAAUGUGUCCCGACUGCCAGACACGGAAACAUUUCGUACAAGAAAGAUUUUGUCAAUCUGACUAGUGUGAGAGUACCAGAAGAUGUGAUCGAGUUGGUAUCUCUCGGCCCGAAGUUUUCUGUUACCAACAGCAAAAUGUCGGAAUCGGACAUAGUCAGUGUUGUAAAGAAUGUAGAAUUUGGCUUGAGUAGGGUUGAUUUGGAUUCCAACAUCAAGGAAACAAUAAGGGAAAAAAUUGCAUCUUCUAUCAAAUACCAUCGCAAUAAAUAUGAGCGCAUUGACGAGACAGUAAUUGCGACUCAAGAAAAAGUAAAAUCUGCUAGACUAUUUCUAAAAAAUCAUCCUGACAUUUUCUUUACAAACUCUGAUAAAGGAAAUGUAACCGUUUGCUUGCAAAAGUCGGAGUACAUCAGAAUCAUGAAAGAAAUGCUUAGUGAUCCAAAAACAUACCGCAGAGUAUCACGGAAUCCCUUGGAAGAAUUGCAGGCUAACGUUUACGGUUUUCUACGACACUUGAACGACAAUGAAUUUUUGGAAUAUAAAUAUAAAAACAGAGCUCUCACUCAGACAAACACCACACUGGCUAAGUGUUACGGCUUGCCUAAAAUACACAAACCAUCUUUGGCUUUUAGACCGAUUAUCUCUACAAUUAAUAGCCCUACUAGUUUUUUAGCUUCUGUCUUGUACAAAAACUUAAAAUCGUGUUUCAGCAAUCCUCCGUCUCACAUCAAUAAUAGCUUUGAGUUAAUUGAAAAAAUCAAGAAUAUUGAAGUACCACCUAAUUACAUUUUUAUUUCUAUGGAUGUUGUAUCUUUGUUCACCAAUGUUAUGUUGGAGGACGUUUUAUCAAGCUUAGACCGCAGAUACAAUGAGAUUUGUAAAAAUUCAAAGAUACCCUUUGCGGAGGUCAUAGAGUGUACGAAGUUCUUGUUUAACAAUGUGUAUUUUUCGUUUAAUGGAAAGUAUUACAAGCAGAUCGCCGGCUCUCCGAUGGGAUCUAACAUCAGUCCUUUCUACGCUGAUUUGGUUCUUGCUGAUUUGGAGUCGGAGUGCUGGAGAAGACUGAAAGAUGAAUUUGGCAUCGUUCCGUUGUUUUCGUACAGAUAUGUCGACGAUGGUUUCGCAUGUGUACACAUCAAUCAUGUUGAUACCAUUUUGAAGAUCUUUAAUAAACAAAAUACACAUAUCAAGUUCACACAUGAAGUUGAAACCGAUAAUCAUCUGAACUUCUUAGACGUGCAAUUCAUUAGGAUUGGAUCACGUAUUGUCACCAACUGGUACAGAAAAGAUAUAGCGUCACAAUGA